GUUGUAGUAAUUUUCUCCUCAACUUUUCCACCGAAGUUUACUUUCUCAGGACUUGCCAGACGCUUAUGGGAAACUCGGAGCCGCAGCCAUGAAGCUGUGUGGGACUUUUUUAGAAAAUGAAUACCGGGGGAAACUCCUGAACCAGCGCUGGACGCGAGGAGACAAGAUCAGUCGCUGCCGGCCCUCUCUCAGACUGCAGAGCCGACCAAUCAAAAUGAGUUUGGAUACUGAUGACAAGCGCACUCGCUCACGGUCCAAAGCAGGAAAAGUUCCCUCAGAGAUUGUGGGACAGGAGCUGAGCUGCCCUACUCCAGGAUGCAAUGGCUCAGGCCAUAUCAGUGGCAAAUAUGCCCGACACAGAAGUGCUUUGAGUUGCCCUUUGGCCAGAAAGAGGCGCUUACAGGAAGCAGAGUCAGAGCAAACUGCUUCCAAGAGGAAAUCUCACCCGUUAAAGCUGACGAUGGAUGAAGGAUUCAAUGCAGAGAGUGAGGGGAGCGGAGAGGAGACGGAGUUGAGGGAAGAAGAGGAGGAGGAUGAAGAACAGGUGAAACAGAAACCCAGUGAUCAAGGACGUGUUGAAGAGGAGCAAGUGAAACAGAACACAGUGACCGCCAAUACAGAGGAGGAGGAUGGUGAUGAAGAAGAAAGAGAUACUGUUUUAGGACGACAUGAGGAGGAGUGCAUCAUAAUUGAGGCGUCCAGCACAGAGAAGCCCAAGCUCUCAUCCUCUGAGGAUCUCUCUAACUAUCAGCACAUAGUGUCCAACUCAAUGACGCACCUCAACAACCACGGUGCCAUGUCACCCCAACAACAACAGUCCAUCACAGUGGAAACACAAGGUAAAAGCCCUUUUAGGGAACCAGAAGAAGAAGAGAAAGAAGGAAAUGAAACAGAGGAAACAAGGAACCAAGGAGUUCUGAUGUCUAAAGAGAAUGGAGUGAUGAAAGGUGAAGAAGAGGACAUGCACAUUGAGAGUCAGAGGGAGUCAGACCAUCAGUAUUUUACUGAGGAGAUGGAGACACAACACGCCGAAGAAGAAGAAGAUGAUGAUGACGAUGAUGAAGAUGAUGAUGAUGAUGAUGAUGAUGAGGUGUUGAGAUCUGAGAUUAAAAGAGAAGGGACAUACAAGGAAGUUAAGUCUGAAGAGGAAGUGGAGAGAGAAACCAGCCCUUCGGUUGUCACUGCCACUCAGGGAUGUCACGUAAGGGAAGACUAUGUUUCUCACAAACUUACAUUGCCAGAAAGCUACAGCUUUAGUAAAGCUGCCACAGCAUCUCCUGUGAUCAUCGAACUGCAGUCUGAGGAGUCAGAGAGGGAUGCUGACUUGGAAGGUAACGAUGACGAUGGGGAUGACGACAGCUUGUCUCAACGGUCGACGGUCGCGGACGAGUCUGAGAUGUUCGACAUCAUGCGGGGGAACUUGGGGUUGCUGGAGCAGGCCAUUGCUUUGAAAGCCCAACAGGUCAAAGCUCAUCGUGAGCUCAGCCGCAUUCCCGAACACCACCGCUUCUUUCCUCUCGACGACCGCUCCGGCAAACACAUGGAACAUAUCCGCAAGAGCUGCUUCGGAAAAGAGAGCUCUAGAUCAGAGAAGCGAGAGAUCAAAUGCCCAACCCCCGGGUGUGAUGGAACGGGUCACGUGACAGGACUCUAUCCCCACCACCGCAGUCUGUCAGGCUGCCCACACAAAGAUCGGAUCCCUCCAGAGAUUUUGGCCAUGCACGAGAAUGUCUUGAAGUGCCCAACACCAGGCUGCACUGGUCAGGGUCAUGUCAACAGCAACCGAAACACACAUCGCAGUUUGUCCGGAUGUCCCAUCGCUGCUGCCGAAAAACUUUCAAAGACUCACGACAAGCAACACCUGCCCCAGCCCAUGGCCGAGCACAUCAAGGGCAGCCCAAACUCUGACCGUAUUCUCAGGCCCAUGUGUUUUGUGAAGCAGUUGGAGAUUCCUCCGCACGGCAGCUACAGGCCUAGCCUCGUACCCGCCACACCGCGCGCUAAUCUGGCAAAGGAGCUGGAGAAGUACUCCAAGGUGUCCUUCGAUUAUGCAAGCUUCGACGUGCAGGUGUUCGGCAAGCGCAUGCUCGCCCCAAAGAUGCACACCAGCGAAACUUCACCCAAAGCCUUGAAAUCUAAACCUCCAUUCCCCAGGGCCUCCCCCCCAAGUCCCAGCUUGCAUGGUGGUUAUGGAAAAAGCUCCUCCAGCAGCUACGAUUAUUCCCAUGAUGCCGAAGCUGCUCACAUGGCCGCCACUGCAAUCCUCAACCUGUCCACACGCUGCUGGGAGAGACCAGAGAACCUCAGCAUCAGACACCAAGAUAAGAGUAUGGAAAUUGAGGUGGAUGAGAAUGGCACCUUGGACUUAAGCAUGAAGAAGCCCAUAAAGAGAGAAACGGGCAUGUCUUGUGCCAGCCCUGAAGUGCGUUCCCCUGAUCUGUCUUCAUCAUCUUCAUCAUCAUCCACAUCUUUUCACCAUGGCAACAGCAGCAUCUCACCCCACUCUUUACACACCCACAAACAAGAAGAGUGGGAGGGGCCUCUGGACUACACCAAACCCAAUCGGCAGAGAGAAGAGGAGUUAGAAGAGAUGGACCACAGCACUCAGUCAUUCGCCUCUUCUGACCCUGAGGAUUGUGACAUGAUGCAGGACAGCCUUGAGGACAGGAAGUACCCCGGAGAGGUCACAACCCCCAGCUUUAAGGUCAGGUUCCAGCCUAAGGACAACAAGAAAGAGGUCUUGCUGUGUCCCACUCCGGGCUGUGACGGCAGCGGACACAUCACCGGAAACUAUGCAUCGCAUCGCAGAUGUCCAACUCCAGGAUGUGAUGGUUCAGGCCAUAUCACUGGUAACUACGCAUCUCACAGAAGUUUGUCUGGGUGUCCACGGGCCAAGAAAGGUGGAAUAAAAACAACUCCCAUCAAGGACGACAAGGAGGACUCCGAGCUCUUAAAAUGCCCAGUGCCGGGUUGUGACAGCCUAGGUCACAUCAGUGGGAAGUAUGCCACUCACCGCAGUGCGUAUGGAUGCCCAUUGGCUGCCAGGCGACAGAAGGAGGGUUUGCUGAAUGGGUCUCCGUUCUCAUGGAAGGCCUUUAAGACAGAAGGCCCAACCUGUCCCACACCAGGAUGUGACGGAUCAGGACACGCCAACGGCAGCUUCCUCACACACCGCAGUCUCUCAGGCUGCCCCAGAGCCUCCCUCAACAAGAAGAAAGCCAAGUUCCCUGGAGAAGAGUAUCUCAGCACUAAGUUCAGAGCCAGUGAUGUGUUAGACAAUGACGAAGACAUCAAGCAACUCAAUAAAGAAAUCAGCGAGCUCAAUGAAUCCAACAAUGAGAUGGAGGCAGAUAUGGUCAACCUUCAAACACAGAUUACAUCCAUGGAAAAGAACCUGAAAAACAUCGAACAGGAGAAUAAGGUGAUUGAAGAACAGAAUGAGGCAUUGUUUAUGGAGCUGUCUGGACUCAGUCAAGCUCUUAUACGGAGUUUGGCCAACAUCCGUCUGCCUCACAUGCAGGAGCCAAUCACAGAGCAGAAUUUUGAGAGCUACGUGAGCACCCUGACCGACAUGUACACCAAUAAGGACUGCUACCAAAACCCAGAGAACAAGGCCCUUCUGGAGACCAUCAACAAGGCAGUGAAAGGCAUUAAGGUCUGACUAAGCCAAAAGACGAGGAUGAGAAGCAGAAGCGUGGAAUAGAAAUAGAAACGUGGAGCCAUUGAGAAGAGCAUACAAAUGACACACAAAAAGGGCAUUCAGGUUUUUUGAACAACAAUCUAAACCUUCAUCCCAGGGAGCAUUCUGUGAGUUCAAAAAGAGGUAUAUAAUAUAUAAUACUGUGAGGACCAAAAUCCACAAAAGCUGCUGGAUUGGAAGGCGAAGACGGAACCAAAUCCUUUAUUUACGGAGGAAAGGAGAGACACAAGCAUAGUUUUCUUUACAGUUUUAGUUGUUUUACAUUCAAACAGUGGGAAGUUUGGGAAGAAGAGGAAGCUGGGAAUAGAACAUCCAGAAGAUGUGCAGCCCUGGCUUUAGGCGAAAGAGAGUCUUUUACUCAUUUGUGAGGACGCUGCUCCUCUGAAAACAACAAAAGUGACGCUCCAAAUACAAGUGAUCCCUACGUGAGCCCCAGCAGAACAGACAUAUGUAGUGUUUGCUCCUCUUUCCUUCUUUUCCAGAAGAAAACCGAAGCGUUUUUGGGUCGUGGUGAAAUGAGAGAAUGGUGUAUUAGCAUACAAAGUGAGUGAAAUGCGUGUGCAACCUUAUCAGUGCCAUGCGGUUGACUCUGUAAAUUUCACCUGUUGAAACACUACUUUAUCUUGGCAGCCAUUUUUUUUGUUUAUUGGUUUGUUUUGUUUUAGAGCUACAGGCAGGAGCAUUAGCUUGCUUUCAUUUAUUUGUAGUACUUACACUGUAGGAAUAUAUACCCAGCAUAGUCUAAUCUCGUACAUAUGAACAAUGAGUUGCACUUCAUUUCAGUCCAUUCAACAUCAGACAAGAUGUUGGAUUGUCACUGAACUAUAUAAAUUAUACAAAACUUGUCCAGACACUGCUGUAAUUUAUUAAUAUUUUGUUAUAAUUAAAUUUUAACUGUAUUAUUUAUUUGAAUUCACCUAUUUAAAUAUCCACAGCCCUUCUGUUUAUAAAAGGUCAUGAAAAUGUGACAAGAAACUUGCCACAUCAAUAUUUGGAAAGAGAAAAAGAAAUGUACAACUGAUUUUUAUAUCUUCAUUUCAUUUGACAGUAGAGUUUUUAAACAUUUUUUAAGUGCAAAUAUUUUUAACCAACGUUUUGAUAAUUUUGUACAUUUUCUUUCUCUUUCUCUCUACCUGUAUAUCUAUUUCUAUUUGCAUUUGUUUUCCCGAGUUUCCAACACAGCUGAAGGAGAAGUAUCAUCUCUAUUUAUUAUUUAUUUAAUAUUUAUGAUGAAAUUAUGAACUGUGAUACGGUUGUAAUGUAUAUUUAUUUUGUAACGUCUCGGUGUGUUUGUGAAGUCAUAGUAGCUUGAAGAAACUUUGGCGAUAUAAAAAAAAUAAAAUAAAGACAAAAAACAUGUUUUGGACUACAGAAUAAAACAUGAUGAUUAUCAAGGUUUUCCUUAUACCAGCAUUACUUCCUAUAGGAAUGUAAAGAGGGGAAAAAAGCAAUUCCAGUACUGUGGAACCUACAGCUUUGACUCUUACCCUGUCCAUUUCGACAGGAGGAAGACGUUCCUCUGGAUCCUCUUGUGUUUGUUUUUUCUUUUUUUCCUUUAUACCUCCUCAAGCUCUCAGUAGUGGCCAAAAACUGUUUCCCCUGAACAACCCUAAUGAAUAGCAAAUGGAUUAUUUUUGCUUUCUUGCUAAACUUAUCUUUGUCGGACCAUGGGAAGCGGCGGUCAUUUUUGCGGCGGAGCACAGAAGACGAAUACCAACCAUCCUGACAGAAACUCUUGAACCACAAUGCCCUUACUCGACUAGUAUCAGACAAACAUAUACCCAUGUAGCCUUAUACUAGAUUUUUAUUUCUUCGAUGCACAAAGUGCCACUGACCUGUGCUUUCGUUACCGACUCCGCCCAUUCAGCAACCACACUACCCUCGGGUCAUGUGACCGUGGCAUAAGUGGGGAUUGUUACAGAUGCCUUUAGUCCUUUGCCGUGAUGGCCAUACCUACACAAUAUAUUCAUUCUGUAUUUAAAAGGAAAAAAAAAGACGACAAAAAAACUAUAUAUAUAGUAUAUAAACAUACAUAUAUUUUUACAGUGUAAUUGUUAACUCUUUUUCUCUUAUGAUAGCUAAACAAAAACAAUAUCUUUCCAAAAGCUGUGAGUACUACUACUGAUAGAAGACUAAAUAAUAUAAAAAAGACGGACCCAGUUUACUGUGGUUGCAGGAUACGAUGUGUUUUAUGAUAUGUAAACAUCCGUUUCUAAAGCGAAGAAUACGAGGAUGUUUGUAGAGUUUCCUAUUUUCUGGUCCAAACUCGCUGGGCCUCUGUAUGUAAGUCAGCUGCAUUAAUGGGACAGUGGUUAACAGAUUAGUCUUAGGCUAUAAUCGUUUAGACGCAUUGUACUGUGCUGAAAGUUCUCCUCGGUGGAUCUGUCUUUAAUAUUGUAUGGUGUUGUGCAGUUCUGGUGGGACACGCCACACUUAGAUACGCGUGUAAAAUGCCAAUCAUCGCAAUGACAUCUGUAUGACUCAUAAUAGCAAGUUGUGAAAUGAACAUUGUGCCUCUAUUCAGCCGGUCGUUUUGUUAAGUAGUACACAGCGCUCAUGUUGUUCAUUUGCUAUCAAGGCAGCAAUAUUGUGAUGGACCGAACAUGUGUGCACUUUUCAGAAAUCUUGAAUGCCAACUAAUGACCUUUCAACCAAAAGGUUUUUCUUUAUGUGCACUCGGGUGUGUGGGUGUAUGUUAGUGGGUUAUUUUUCAUUUGAAAAAAAGGUACAAAUGGCUAACAGACAACGGUUGAUUGCACCAACAG